ACCUCUCCCCCUCCUGCUUUCCAUGCUGCUAUCAAUCGGCGGUAUAUUGCACUCACACAUGCUAUUCACGAAUCGCCCAAAGAAGGGACUCCCCAAACAUAUUGCCUUCAUCAUGCACGAUAAUAGUGGGAAGGGGGCAGUGGAGGGUGGAAUGGCUUGUCUUAAAAUGGGCAAACAUGCUAAUCCCUGAAAACAAUGUGAUGCAUCUCCAAUGUAGUUGCAGGACAGCACAAGCGAGCUCCUGCGCGGUCUUUCCAAUAUGUCUCGAUACGCGGACGACGACCCCCUGUACUUUGAGCAGUUGCUGGGAGCUGCAGUGAACAUGAAGCACGCGUUUGACCUGGGCCGGAUGGACGUAAUCAACGGGACAAUCAAGCCACGCAACACGUCGCUCUGCCACGAAUGCAUCACAACCGUAUCGUCCGUGUGGCGAUCGGGGCCGGCGGGCCCGCGCACGCUCUGCAAUGCCUGCGGCCUGCGCUACUACAAGCAGAACCAGCGCCGGGCGCUGGAGGCGAAGCGCCGCGAGCUGAAGGACCUUGAUGCGGCGUCGUCUUUGGCGGCGCUGGGCAGUCUGGAUGUGGCGGUGGUGAAGAAGCUUUUGAUGACCGAGUGCGGCGGGCUGGCAGCUAAGGCCGAGCGCUCAGUGAAGCGCAAGAGCUCCGGGGCGUUGGAGGACGGGGAGCGGGCGGCUGGACGCAGGCGCCAGGGCAGCUUGCAGGCAGUGGAGGACGGGCAGCGAGGGGAGCGGCAGGUCACGCUGCCGAGCAUUGCCAAUCUGUGCGCGCCUGCGUUUGGCACGCUGGUGCCGCAGUCCCAGCCCUCGCAGCCCGCCGACAUGCGCUUGCCGCCCAUGUCGGCGUCUUUGCGCAACAUCCUCGACGUGCCGGUCUCGUCGGCCAGAUAUAUGCCGCACCACGGCAGCCAAUAAACCCCAGGGGGACAGGAGAUAUUGUAGACAUGAAUCCCCUAUCUACGCUAAUAUUGCAACCGAGCUAAUCCCGCCGGCCGUUCAAAAAUAGUUCUU